UCUUCAAGUUCAAGCCAGCUCUCCCUUCAAAGCUUGUGUAUAUUUCAUAUUUCAAUCGAAAUCUCUGCAACUCUCUCAGGAAAAGUCUCCAUCAUGAAUGGAAGGGAAAUUCUCCAGAAGAUCAGUGUGAAGGUUGGGUUAGGUUCAUCCACAGCUGACACGGGGAAAGGCAAAAGCAAGAUGUCGAAGCAUAUAACACAUGGAUUUCACUUGGUGAAAGGCAAAUCAAAUCAUGAAAUGGAAGAUUGUUUGGUUUCUGAAUUCAAGCAAGUGGAAGACCAUGAGUUGGGUUUAUUUGGAAUAUUCGAUGGGCAUUUGGGCCAUGAUGUUUCAAAUUACUUGAAAACUCAUCUGUUUGACAAUAUUCUGAAGGAGCAUACUUUCUGGACUGAAACAGAGAAUGCUAUAAAGAGAGCUUACCGUAAAACUGACAUUGAGAUACUGGACAAAUCAUUGUACUUGGGAAGAGGAGGGUCAACUGCAGUAACAGCAAUACUAAUCAAUGGUGAGAGGUUGGUAGUGGCAAAUGUGGGAGAUUCUCGGGCUGUUAUAUGCAAGAAUGGUGAGGCUAAACAGCUAUCAGUUGAUCAUGAGCCAAGCAAGGAAAGAACGAUGAUUGAAAGGCGGGGUGGUUUUGUAUCAAACCUUCCAGGUGAUGUACCACGUGUUGACGGACAACUUGCAGUGGCAAGGGCAUUUGGUGAUAAGAGCUUGAAGCUACACCUUAGCUCAGAACCAGAUGUGGCAGUGGAGCCCAUAACUACUGGAACAGAGUGCAUUAUUCUGGCAAGUGAUGGCUUAUGGAAGGUGAUGUCAAACCAGGAGGCGGUGGAUUGCAUCAAACACAUAAAGGAUGCUCAGUCAGCGGCAAAGCGAUUGACUGACGAGGCUCUUUCUAAGAAAAGCAAGGAUGAUAUCUCCUGCAUUGUAGUAAAGUUUCAGUGACUUUCUUUGGGAAAUUUGAGCUUUGUUUUACUUUGAAGGAAGACUAGUUGCUAUAUGUUUGUGUAUUUUAGAUAUAAAUUUGUUCCUCCUGUUAGCAUCAGAGAUUGUUACAAUUUGCAGCAACACUACUGUAUGUACAAGUACACAUAAGUAGCCAUCAAUCUUCUCCUGAAACUCUUUGUAUUUUGUUGAGAGCAAUGAUUUUGUGAAGUGCCCCAGGAAUGUUUUUCAGUCA